UUGAAAAUUUUAAAUUCUUAUAUACAAAGUUUAUUCCCUUUUAUGAUUCUUCUUAGAUCCCUUUAUUCUUUAAUUUUUAAUUCCGAAUCUCUCUAUGCUUACAACACAACAAAUAACCCCCCUAAUUUAAAUUGCUCUUCUUGGUCCCCUCAAUUUCUCUCAUUACAUUACACCCUUUGCAAUAACAUUAGAUAAAUAAAACCAAAAAACUUCCAUACUUUCCUCUUAGGUCAAUCAAAAACCAAAAUUAUCAAACAAAAGCUGGAAAACUUCAAAGAAAAAAUUUCUUUUCUCAUUUUUCCUAAACAAGAUGAUGAUCAACAACAAUAAUUUCAAUGAGAAAAUGCAAAGAUGUCAACAAUAUAUUGAUGCUCUUGAAGAAGAACGUAGAAAAAUUCAAGUUUUCUCUAGAGAACUUCCUCUUUGUCUUGAACUUGUCACUCAAGCUAUUGAAACAUACAAGCAACAAUUAUCUGGGACAACAACAGAGUACAACCUUAAUGCACAAUCUGAUGAAUGUUCUGAUGAUGAUGAACAUACAUCUAGUGAUGUUCCUAUUUUGGAAGAAUUUAUUCCAUUAAAAAGGACAUUUUCUCAUGAAUAUGAAGAUCAAGAAGAUGCUCAUGAUGAGGAAAAUGAAUCUCAUAAAUCAAAAAAUAAUAAUAGUAAUAAUUCUACUAUUUCUAAGGACAACAAGAGCAACACAAAGUCUGAUUGGCUUAGAUCUGUUCAGCUUUGGAAUCAAACUUCAGAUCCCACUCUAAAAGAGGAAUCAACACCUAGAAAGGUGUCGGUUGUGGAGGUGAAGAAAAAUGGAAGUGGAGGAGCAUUUCAUCCAUUCAAGAAAGAAAAAAGUGCUGCUGCCGCCGUUGUCGUCGCGGAACAACAGCCAGUAUCUGGUGUUGUUCCAGCGGCGGCAACAAGUUCCACCGCUGAGAAUGCUCUCGGCGGUGGAAGUAAGAAAGAAGAGAAAGAUGGACAAAGAAAACAAAGAAGGUGUUGGUCCCCAGAGUUGCAUAGAAGAUUUUUACAAGCCUUACAACAACUUGGUGGCUCUCAUGUUGCUACACCAAAACAAAUUAGGGAGUUAAUGAAGGUGGAUGGACUUACUAAUGAUGAAGUUAAAAGUCAUUUACAGAAAUAUCGGUUACACACGAGAAGACCUAGUCCUUCAUCAAUUCAUAAUAACAACAACCAACAACCACCACAAUUCGUGGUAGUCGGAGGAAUAUGGGUCCCACCACCAGACUACGCCUCUAUGGCCGCUGUAGCACCAGCGGCCUCAGGCGAAGCAUCAGGAGUCGCAAACUCCAAUGGAAUCUACGCACCCAUUGCUACCCAUGCAAAGGGUCCCCUACAUGAUCAUGCAUCAUUAGGGGGAACCCUAAAACAACUAAGGCAACAACACAACGAGAAGCCAUCGCGCUCCUCUGAGCGCGAUGGUAGCCACAGUCACAGUGAAGGUGGUGGCGUACAUUCUAGCUCUCCGGCUACGUCGUCUUCUACACAUACUACUACUGCUUCACCAGCUUACUAAAAAAAAGUGUAGAAAUUUUUUGUAUGUAAUAUAUUUUCUUUUUUUUUAUUCUACUGUAAAAGUAGAAAGUCAUAUAGAGUUAAUUUUUCGGUCUUGUAGGGAAAAAACUUGUAUUUAUUUAUUUUCUUUAGUUUAUUGUUGAAAAAUAUAUAUCUUUUGUGAUAUCUUUUGAGGAUCUUUCAGACGCAUUUUGACAGUGACAGUAAUUAAGAUUGAAUAAUAUGGUGGGUUCCCAUUGUUUUGGAUUAUUGAAA